AUGUUUACACGAGCAGAGGCAGCCUACCAGGGGCGCCAGGGCGACGAGAGCGAAUGGGGGUUCGGUCAAGUCCUUCCUGUCCUUUUAUUGGUGAUCCCACUAUCCCAAUUCAUGGAUGAACUUUGGCGUCACAAUCGAGAGUACUAUGAGCUUGCUGUUGUUUCCAAUCCGAAUGAACUUGGAAGAUCAUGGACAAUACCAUCGCGAGCAUCACACCUUGCUCGAACGCAAAUAGAAUUGAGCUGGACACCACGCACUGAUGCUACUUAUCGAGUAUUAAGUAGUGAUGCUCGGGUUUUGACGGCAGAAGAAAAGUGGCAAGACAAGCUUGAUCAACUUGAAGACAGCUUUUUUGAGAAUCCCAUAUUCCAAGCUUGGGUGGUUAUCCUGUUCUUUUCUGUCUUUGCAAUCUUCACCUGGGUAGGGAUUGAAUUCGGGCUGCCAAUUUAG